GCCCAAAGGAUCCUGCGUCUCUGACUCUACCCAAAAGGGCACUUUUGCCUUCCCAACCCACCCAAAGACUACAAAUUCAAAUCAAACCCAACUUCUUUUUCUUUUUCUUUUUCUUUAUCUCUCUUUCUCUCUCUUUAGUAUGUAUACAAACGCAAAAAUGGUCUCUAUUAACUCUCAAAGGACUAAACUUUUUCUCUCCUUUUGUAUAUAUAUUCCCUCGUAGUUUAACUCAGAAUUCGCAAUCUUAUUGAACCAUGGCUCUUGUGUAUAAGCUGCCAUCGCUUUCUUCUUCUUCUUCUUUAUCUGGACAAAAUUUCAAGCAUUUCUUCUUAAUCCCAAAAACCAUAUGCUCUUUACAUUUCAAAAGCUCACCUUUUACUGAGAAACAUUCAAUUGAGAGAUACCAAAGAGACCACUGGCUUUAUAAGGAUCAGCUAGAUCUUUACCAUUACCAAUCUUCUUCUUCUUCUUCUUCAUGCCCUCUCCCAUCUGACAAAGAGUCUAUAAGGCAAAACGACAUAGCUUUGCAGCUACCAGAGCUGAGGAAGCUACUUCAAGUGCUUAAAGAGAAGAGAGAGACUUUUGGUAAAGAUGGAGAGAAGUGUGGGCCAGGGCAUGUGUAUUUGGUAGGUACAGGCCCAGGGGAUCCGGAAUUGUUGACAUUGAAGGCAGUGAGAGUAAUACAAAAAGCUGAUCUUUUGUUGUAUGAUAGGUUGGUGUCCAAUGAUGUUCUGGAUUUGGUUGGUCCUGAUGCUAGGUUGCUUUAUGUAGGCAAGACUGCUGGCUACCAUAGCAGAACCCAGGAGGAGAUACAUGAGCUGCUUUUGAGUUUUGCUGAAGCAGGAGCUACUGUUGUGAGACUUAAAGGAGGGGAUCCGCUGGUAUUUGGAAGGGGUGGAGAGGAGAUGGAUUUUCUCCAACAGCAAGGAAUUCAAGUGAAAGUUAUUCCAGGUAUGAUUCUGUACACUUGUCUCUCAAAUUUUAUUCUCAAGUUUGGACAUUUAAAAAUGAUCAACAUUUAGUCUAGUGAUGGUGGCUGUCCGGAAAAUGGCUGCCACAUCAGAAGGUGAUAAUAGAAUUUGGAAUUUGGUUAUGUGCCAUUUGAAGAAAAUUAGGUGUUCAUUUUUUUUUUCAGAAACAGCUAGCUUUGUCCUUCAAUGAUGUUACAUAAUAUGAUCUUCAUCUAUGAACUUUGGUACUAAUAAUACCAGGUUUGGUUGCAUUCAACUUAGACAAUUAUUACAAGGAGGUGACAUUGAAUUGCCAUCUUUGUUAUGAGGAAAAGUGGGAUAUAAGACUCAGUAUUGGCAUUCAUUUACUGUAGGGAAUUCACUAAGCCUUAACCCAUUGUCAUAAUUUUCCAUCCAAAUCAGGUUGAGCUAUUGAGAAUUGUCUUUUUAAAUUAGUGAAGAACAUGUAAAGUUUGUCUGGAAGUGAUGUCAGCCUUUUCUUUUGUUAUGCUUCUCCUAUGUUUUGCUUGUUAUCUACUCCACAUGGGGCCGCGGACAGCACUA